AUGGCAGGCGCAGUACGUUCGGUGCGUUUUAGUGAUGAUUUACCUAAAAUAUCUCACAACAACACAACGGUAAGAAAUAUAAUCAAAUGUUAUGAGCAAACUUCUCAGACCCCGGUGCAACUCCCGCGGGUAUACGAUGAUGCACUUUAUAGCCCGUACGAUGUUUAUACUGCAGCUAGUAUGGGAGAUACACCAGUAAUUGAGGCACAGUUGGAGACGGGUUUCGAUGCAAAUCGUUUGAAUGGAAGCGGGUGGAGUUCAUUAAUGUAUGCAGCUUAUCUUGGACAUGAAGCAGUUUGUGCACUAUUGCUUAGAUCAGGAGCUUUGGUGGAUUUAUGCAAUGCUAAUGGACAAACAGCUCUAAUGCUUGCUGCUACAUGUGGAAAUUUGGCUGUUGUACGAUUAUUAAUGCGGAAGGAUGCUGCGAUUGAUAAACAGGAUAAUAUGGGUGAUACAGCAUUAGCUUAUGCAACUGCUUGUUCACAAGCUAGUAUUGCAGAAGCUUUGUUGGAUAAUGGCGCUAAUCCCAACAUUCCCAAUUUGCAUGGCAUGACACCAACAUUAACUGCAUGCUGCAUUGGACACGAGCUUACACUACUGGCAUUGUUACAGAAUGAUGGAGAUCCGAAAUUAAAGAAUGCAAAAGGUGAAGAUGGUGAAGCUUUAGCUUUCGAUAAUCCCAAAACAAUUGCUAUUUUGAAGGAUCCUCCGCGGAGCAAAAGGAAGAAAAAUAAUACAGAAAAGAAAGCAAUGGAAGUGAAUUCAUUAACGGAAUUACUAUCACAGCUUAAAUUAGAAAAAUACAUUGAAAUCUUUGAAACCGAAAAUAUUGAUUUAAACUUAUUCUUGGAGCUUAGCGAUGCUGAUCUUAUGGAGAUUGGCAUUAAAGCAUUCGGUCCACGUAAGAAAAUGCUGAAUGUUAUACAGCAGUAUCGAACUGAUGGGACGCUUAUUCCAUGUACAAAUGAUACGAAAGUAGUCCAGUAUACUUAUGCCAAAGAUAGAAAACAAUCGGAAUCACAUUCUCAGCAGGUAACGAAUGAACUAAUGGAAUGUCAGCAGCGUUUGGCAGAGUGUCAACAAGAAUUAAAACAAGCUCGAAAUUUAUUGAACGAACAUCGCUCAACGUUAAGUUCUAUUUCGGAGGCUUGUCGACAUUCACGAAAAAUAGCCUAUACUAUGCUUCAAGAAAUUCGACAAACAAAUGGUACAGGCAGUACUUUGGAAAACGACGUACUUGCAGUAAUCAAAAAUAUCGACAACAUUCUGAUGAGAAUGUUGGAACUCCCACAACAAUAA